AUAUAUAUAUCUAUAUAUAUUUUGAAUGUUCAAAUGGGUUUUCCUUAUCCUGAUGAGAUCGAAUCGAAUGAAAGGAAGAGAAGCUGGAAAGAAACUUUCAAAAUUUCCAGAGCCCCCCUCAAUAGCGUAGUGUAGCGAUGAAGAAGAGAACAGGAGGCCACAAGUGCAUCAAAUGUAAUAAAGUAAUAGAAAAAAAAAGUGGGAAAAUGGGUGUUGUAUGAGAUCAAAUUUAGGGGAUGGGAUCCAUUGUUGCACGUUUCGAGGUCUUACAAUAAUCAUCAAGGCUCUGGAAAUCCAAAGGAUUAUACAGUUCAGCCACAAUGCCAUCAAUCAGUUCUACAAGAUCCUUAAGCAGCAGUGACAGUUCUUUGUCAAGUUGCAGUGACUUUUCAGUUGAAACAAGCUUUUCAGACAGCGGGUAUGUGGAAGAUGAUUUCAGUGUACUACCAACGGUGCAUCAUCUGGAAGAUCACCCAACCUUCCCUGUUAAAUCAAAUGGUUUCGAUCAACCUGGUGAUUUGGUAAAUCAUGAAAACAGGGAAGUGAAAAGGUUUGAAAACGAGGUCAAAGAGGACUGCAAGGGAACCUUUAUUUCAUGUGAUGAAAGGGAGGCUGAAUUUUGGCUUCCACCAGAAUCUGAAGGCAUGGAGGAUGGAAUAUUAGAAGAAGUUGCAAAUUAUGAUGACGAUGAAGAUGAAUGUGGUGAUGGCGUCGCAUGGGCUAAAGCUAGCUGUUUAGGAAGUCUCAGUGAAGAAAGCAGUGGAAGGUACAAAUUCAAACAAGAAAAGAUUAAAGCAAUGAACUAUAUUAGAAAUGGAAAAUUUAGGGCCCUUGUAAGUCAACUGAUCAAGUCUGUUGGUGCCGAUUGUUCUGGAAAUGAUGGUGAGAAUUGGGUUGAUAUAGUGAGCUCUUUAUCGUGGGAAGCUGCUAAUUUUGUUAAGCUCGAUGCACUUGAAGAUAAGGCAAUGGAUCCCGAUGGUUAUGUGAAGGUUAAAUGCAUUGCAAGUGGUGUACGCAGCCAAAGUCAUGUAAUCAAAGGGCUAGUCUUCAAGAAGCAUGCUGCCCACAAGCACAUGCCGACAAGUUACCAGAAUCCAAGACUGCUGCUGAUCCAUGGAUCACUUGAUCUUUCUUCUGGUGGAUUGUUGUCAUUCGAAUCAAUGCAGCAGGAGAAGGACAAUUUAAAAUCUAUUGAUGAAAUGAUAGAGGUGUGCCAUCCAAAUGUUGUAUUAGUCGAGAAAACAGUUUCUCGAGACAUUCAAGAGUCUAUUCUUGCAAAAGGAAUGACGCUGGUCUUUGAUAUGAAGCUCCAUCGUCUAGAGAGAGUGGCUCGUUGUAUUGGUUUGCCGGUUUCGUCGCCUGGGGUUGCAUUAGGUCAAAGGCUGAAACAAUGUGAUUCAUUUCACAUUACAAAGUUCGUGGAAGAACACGUCGUUUCCAGUGAGGUUGGGAAAAAACAACAUAAAACUUUAAUGUUCCUUGAGGGGUGUCCUAAUCGCCUUGGAUGCACAAUUCUGCUGAUGGGAGCAAACAAUGAUGAACUGAAGAGGAUAAAGUGUGUUGUAAGGCGUGCAGUGGUUAUGGCCUAUCAUUUGAUGCUCGAAACUUCUUUUCUUCUAGAUCAGAAAGCAAUGUUCUGCACGAUUUCGAUUUCUCCCAAAGAGGUGGUGGACAUGACCCAAGAAUUUACUCUACAUUCUAAAGUUGAUUCUUUGUUGCCAUGUCAACCCUACGAUCCAGAAACAUUUCCAGAUCUAUCACUUUCGACAUCUAUUCGAAAAGAUAUGAAUCAUAUUUCUGUUUCCUCGGACCCUUCCGAGGAUAUACCUGAUCAGUUUGGAGUAUAUGGAAGAAAUCACGCUAACAAUGAAAUGUGGAUGUCAGAUGAUCAAGAAGCUGAAGUUCACCAUGAUUACAAGCUGAAGAUUGGAUACGAGAACUUGCUUAAUAAUGAGCAAACACAUCAACCAGAGCCUUCAGGCACAUGGUUAUGCAAUAAUAGUGCUGAAGAAGGGCACAUGCAUGGAAAUGAUGAUUUCAGGACAGAACUUGAUUCUGAAAGUAUUCUAGUUUUGAUGUCCAGCCGUAAUGCUUCGCGAGGGACUAUGUGCGAGCAGACUCAUUUUUCCCAUAUACAGUUUUACCGGAGUUUUGAUGUUCCCCUCGGAAAAUUUUUGUGCCAUAAUUUGCUAAAUAAGAGACUUGAAUGCAAGACUUGUGGAGAAUCUCCCGAUGUGCACCUUUUCAACUAUGCACACCAUAACAAGCUACUGACAAUCCAAGUUCGACAACUUCCUGCUGGAAAAAGCUUGCCCGGCGAAACUGAAGGGAGGCUUUGGAUGUGGAGUCGCUGUAGUCAUUGUAAACUCAAUGAUGGAAUCUCUAAAGCCACGAAACGGAUAUUGAUGUCCACUGCUGCUCGUGGUUUAUCUUUUGGAAAGUUUUUGGAACUAAGUCUUACAGACCACUCUUCAUUCAACAAUCCAUCGAUCUGUGGUCAUUCUUUUCUAGAGGAUUUCCUCUACUUCUUUGGAUUAGGCUCCAUGGUUGCUAUGUUCAAGUAUGCACCAGUUGCAACUUAUUCUGUGACAUUGCCACCUUGGAGGAUGGAUUUCAAAUCAUCGUUUAGAGGAGAGUUUCUGAAGAGAGAUUGUGAGAAUGUGUAUUCCAAAGGGAUUUCAAUAUUUCUCGACAUUGAAAAGUCGUUGAAAGAACUAGGAAGUCGAUAUGUUGGGGUGGCUUUGAACUUUCAGGGCUUGAGCAAAACGUUUGCCCAUGUUUUGGAGACGUUGAAGCAGGAAAAAUCUCGAUUCGAGGUUGAUGUCCAAAAUGCUCUCAUGGAUGAAACUAACCAUGAUUAUGUAAGUAAAGUUCUAAGCUUGAAUCGAAUACGAUUGGAACUUCUCCUUGAAUCCUGCAUAUGGGACCGAAGAAUACAUGCCUUGCUCUCAUCCAAUCUUAAGGUGGUUGAUGUGAUCCAUACCGAAUCAAUCGGUUCUGUGGUGCAAGAAAGUAUACUGCAAGACAAUGCAACUUCGGAGCUAGAAUUUCAUUCAGCAACUAUUGCUACUGAAAAUUGUAGGGAAGCAGAUAAGUUUCAGAUGAAAGACCUCCAGCAUGAGAUAGGAUCUAGAGUACAUAAUUCGUCAUGCUCUGCAUCUUUUGUCGCCAAUGGUGUUGUGGGAGAGCCUAUUGGGGUAUUCGAUGAAAGUAGAUUUGUGGAACAAAGUUCAGAAGUUACCGGCGCAGAUUUUUUACAAGGAAAAGAGUCCAACUUAGAAAAUGAAAAAUGUUGGAUCUGGGCUCCCUUCACUGAAAUUCGACGCGAAUAUAUGGAGGAUCUUCGAAGAGGAUAUGUGCCAAAAAUUGAAUCUUUUGGAAGCUAUGCAGCAGAAUCCGAAGCUCAGAGAUUUAUCACUGAUGAAGGCUCAAGACUACACCUUCCUCUUGGUAGUAAUAACGACUAUAUCGUCUCUGAUUAUGAAGAAGAACUCUCGAGUGUAGUAGCUUGUGCUCUAACAUUAUUGAAGGAUGCAGCGCUAGCAACAGAAGAUCAUCAGUCGAGGGAAUCACAGAAGGAAAAAGGAUUCGAUUCUAAUUCCAACGACACUUCUCACAACUUGACACGGGUAUUUUCUUUUACUUCACACUGGUCUUCAUCUGGCUCGUCGGAUUCUGAUACUUUGCAUUCUCCACGAACCAUCUGGGAAGAUUCAAGUUCGUCGAGCUUUGACGGGCUAGAUUUGUUGGAUUCGUAUGUUUCUUACGGUGCUAGCCACCCGGAAGUCUCGAUGGGAUUGGGGAAGUAUUCAGCAAAACGAAAAUAUUCCGUUGUAUGCAUCUACUCUGCUGAGUUCCGUCAGCUGCGGGACUUGUUUUGUUCUUCUGAAACCGAUUACAUUGCUUCACUAAGCCGGUGUCGCAAUUGGGAUGCCAAAGGCGGGAAGAGCAAAUCCUUCUUUGCUAAGACAUUAGAUGAUCGUUUUAUCAUAAAGGGAAUUCAGAGGACCGAAUUCGACUCAUUCAUGAAAUUUUCCACGAACUACUUCGAGUACAUGAAUCAGUGCUACGAGUUGGGAAAUCAGACGUGCCUUGCGAAAAUUCUCGGCAUUUACCAGGUUGUCAUAAGAGGGAACAAAAAUGGGAAGGAGAGCAGACAUGAUCUGAUUGUGAUGGAGAAUCUUUCAUUCGGGCAAAAUGUGUCGAGACAGUACGAUCUAAAAGGAGCUCUCCAUGCUCGAUUCAACACUUCAAGCAACGCGCUGGAAGAUGUUCUUUUGGAUCAGAAUUUCGUCAAUGAUAUGAACGAAUCACCUAUUUACAUUAGCCGCAGAUCAAAGCGAAACCUUCAGCGAGCAGUAUACAACGACACUAAUUUUCUCAAUUCGAUCAAUGUGAUGGAUUAUUCUCUUCUGGUGGGAGUGGAUGCGCGGCGCCGGGAGAUGGCUUGCGGCAUCAUAGACUAUCUAAGACAGUAUACUUGGGAUAAGCAGCUGGAGAAUUGGGUGAAGUCUUCGCUGGUUGUGCCCAAGAAUCAGUUGCCGACUAUCAUCUCCCCGAGGGACUAUAAGAAGAGGUUUCGACACUUCAUAAACACAUACUUUUUGAGUGUCCCGGAUCACUGGUGUUUGCAGAGAUCGUCUUCUAAUCCCUGCAACCAGAGGAAGCCUCAAAAGCGAGGCUGCAAUCAAGAUGACGGUUCGAUGUCGAUGUCUCAGAAGCACGGGAAACACGAUGAGGCCGGUUUGUUCAAGUCUCGGCACCAUGGCAUCGUCACGUGACGCGCAUCGCCAUUGAAUUUGUUGUGUUGUGUAUAGGAAGUAAAGUAAGUAGUAUAUAUAUAUAUAUAUAUAUAUAUAAUGUAGCAACUACUAGAUCCCCUCUUUUCUUCUGCGUAUAUUAUUUCUGCAGAUGGCUACCUUGCUAGCUUGCUUUCUGAGGGGAUUUAUAUAUAAUUGUAUUUACGUUGUCAUCUUGAGUAUUUAUGAAAAAGCGGAACUGUCAAGUUUCUUAUCAAA